CUGCUGGAACACAUGGGCCAGUCUCUGCUCCAGUUUAUUAUCCCAGUCUGCUAUUGUCCCCUUGGGCUGGUGAUAGCAAAGACAACAUGUCGCCAUCUUAAUCAGAUCUGACAAAUGAACAAUUGUGUUGCUGCUUGGUGAAUUUGCCGGGUGACUUCAGGAGCUCUGUUUCAGAGCAAAAGGCCAGGGAGGAGCGGUCCUGUCGGACGUUGGAGAAGAUGCGUUGCUGCUUGCCGCAAGCGGGGUGCAUACAUCUUCUGGAUACAAGAAGAACGUACUCCCAAGAAAUCCGCAUGUUUGAGGCUGCCCCUCUGCAAUGGAAUCUUGGCCCACAUUGGCCUGGGUCCUGCUCCUUAGUUUGGUAUCAGACUGCCUGAAGGGAAUCCAAGCCAGAGACUUCACAGUGAAAGAUAUUGUCUACCUUCAUCCUUCAACUACUCCAUAUCCGGGCGGUUUCAAAUGUUUCACCUGUGAACAAGCAGUUGACAACUAUGAAUGCAAUCAGUGGGCUCCAGAUAUCUAUUGCCCAAGAGUGACACGAUACUGCUAUACCCAGCAUACACUGGAAGCCAAUGGAAAAAGUGUAUCGGUAACCAAGCGAUGUGUGCCACUGGAGGAUUGUUUGGCUACAGGAUGCAUAGAUCUCCAGCAUAAAGGGCUCAGGGUCUGCACUUCUUGUUGUGAAGGAAACAUCUGCAACUUGCCGUUGCCCAGAAACGCAAGCGAUGCCAUCUUUGCGACGACAACGCCUCUCAAUCACACACAGAGACAUUUGCAAAGCGCAUCCAUAAUGAUGCUGUUUCUCUUGUUACUCUUUGCUACGUAGGUCUCAAGGCUAAAGUGCCAGUUACACACCAAGGAUUGAGGAUGGAAAUAUUUAUGCAUACAGAAAUGAUCUUAAUUUAAUAUAUAUUUCAUACCUUACAUUUUUAAUGGCAUUUCUACAUUUUUCUUUUCUUUUUAGCACUGGCUAGUUCAAAAACCAUGGGUUUUGAACAGUCUCUUUUUUUUUAAAAAAAAAAUGACACUGGAGGGUGGAAGGGAUGUGAGUUGUAAGUUUAUUACUCUGAAGGAAACCUUUUGUAGUCCUUGAAAAAAAUCAGAUGAAAUAUUUAUCCUUCUCCCCUUCUCCCCAGUUUCCAACAAAUGGCCUUCUUGUAAAAGAAAAUUAUUUGGAAUUGUACACUUACAGUAAUACUUAAUAAAAACCAGAAAUUCCCCAAAAAGUUAUUCUCCCAUAAUGGAUUCAUGGACAAAUAUUAGUUGGUUAAUUGUAUUGUGUUGCAACUAAUUGGGUUAUAGUUAAGAGUAGAGCCAUUUGAAUCAAUACUUCUACUUCCCAAAUAUUGAAUCUGGAUCCAACCUAUGAGCUUUAAUUAAUGGUAUAUACCCUUAAAUAUGAAUUUGCAUAUAACUUUGAAGAAAGAUUUGGUCUUGGACAGUUAAGCAGAGCUGGUAUCAUCUUAGAGCAUAUAUUUCCCACAUUUAUAACUGGAGAUGCAAUAGUUUCCUCAACCUGUUGUUUUGUUUUUUCUUUAAGUAUUUGCAUUUUAAAAAUUAGGGUGAUUUUGCCAGUUGAUUUAAUCAAUUCAGUAGAAUUCAGCUGCAGUCUUAUGUGCACUUACUUCAUAGUAAGAACCUCGAACUCGAUGGUUCUUACUUUUGUGUAGAAAUGUGUAACAUUGCACAGUGAUGCCACCACCCUGGGUGCACUUCCUGGGAGUAAUUUUAAUUGUGUUGGAAUUAGCUUCAGAACAAAUCUGGGUGGAAAGAGAGCUGCACAUAUGCAGCCCAGGUCCCUUCCAAACAGCUGAAUGAAAUCCCACAUUAUCUGCUUUGAACUGGAGUAUAUGACAGUGUGGACACAGAUAACCCAGUUCAAAGCAGAUAUUGUGGGAUUUUCUGCCUUGAUAUUCUGGGAUAUAGGGCUGUGUAGAAGGGCCCUUAGUUUUGCUGUGCUUACGAAAGCUUCCCCAUUCAGUUUAAUGUUUGGGUCAGUUUCGAUGUACACCACCACAUUCUUUCUGGUGCUAUACUUGCCCGAAAAUGAAUGGAAAAGCUUCUUGUGUGUACACUGUAAACUUUGGGGUGAUAAUAGGAUUAUCAGACCACGGUGACUCUUAAGAACAGCUAUUCUCCAAGAGGCACAAUGAAGAUUCUGGAAUAAUUAGAAUUUCUGCUAGAAAAAAUAAGUACAGGCUGAGUAUCCCUUGCCCAAAAUUCUGAAAUACAGUUAAGUUUUCCUUAACAACAGAAACCAUAUCCUUGGAGCCAUUCCACACAUCCCUAUAUCCCAGAAUACCAAGGCAGAAAAUUCCACAUUAUCCGAGUGUGGACUCGGAUAACCCAGUUCAAAGCAGAUACUGUGGGAUUUUCUGCCUUGAUAUUCUGGGAUAUAGGGCUGUGUGGAAGGGCCCAUGGUUUCACAUGGGUGGUUGAGAAAGUGACCGUGUUGCUUUCUGAUAGUUCAGUGAACACAAAGUGUGUUUCAUACACAAUAUUAUUUAAAAUCUGUGUAAAAUCGGAUUCAGGCUAUAUGUGUAAGGUGUUUAUAAAACAUAAAUGAAUUUUGUGUUCAGUUCUAUCUCCAAGAUAUUUCAUUAUGUACGCUUCUGCAAAUAAUGGUAUUUUGAAAUUUGAAAAAAAAUCAUCCAAAACAUAACUGGUUCCAAACAUUUUGGAGAAGGGAUAUACAACCUGUAUGGAUACUUUUCUUAUUUUCAACAAGGAAUUGACUGAAUUUAAAUGUGUUUUAAUGUUUUAUUAAUUCAGGUAAUACUUUGGGCACACAAUAUGGUUUAUUUUGCUUACUAAAUCACAAUAUUUAUUUUUGUAUGAUGCAAUCAGAAUUGUUGACGUGUCGUUCUGAGGCAACGAUUGACAGUGCUUCUGUUAAGUAUGACAUGUAGUAUAUAUUUUGUGAUAAAUGAUCUCCAACCUUUUCAGAAUUUAAGUCCUGGAAAAAGAAACGGUUGAUAAAUUUGAAGUAAAGUCAAAUGAACACCACUAGUUUAAGGGUGCAAGGCCAAAUUUUAUAUACAGCAUACAGCCAUGUAAUAUUAUCGUGCAUCAUAUGAGUUCUUUUUUGGCUAGCAUUGAUCGAUAGGGCUGGCACUUUACCAAGUGACAACAGAAAUUGAUGCUGUAAAGUUAGGGCAGAGCAAAAAGGGGAUUACAGCUAAACCUAGCCAUGAAAGCCCAUUAAAAUCAUCAACAUUAAUUUUAGUUGUGACCAUUGUUUGUUCUUCAGUUUUAUCAUAAUUAACAUAAUCAGAAUAAGGAGCCAUUGAUGCUAAGUGAGGGAGUAGAACAUUGGGUUCAGUCUGCCUCUGUCCAAUUGUUACUGUUCUCUCCUCCUUCCUGUAUACCUCGAUUCCCUUGAGCCCUGGUUGUAGUUUUUGAGGGGAGAGCUUAGUUUUCAAUGGGAAAGGCACCUUUCUUCACUUUGCCCUUUCACAUUUUUGCAAACAAUGCUGUUACACAGAACAACUGUGGAGCUCUUUUGUACUUUUUUAAACAAAACGAAACAACAAAACAAAAAAGACCAAAAUGUUCUAAUGACCAGAAUUUUUCAAAGUGCAUAGUUCUAUGUGCAUUUUAAUUCAUACAAUCUCAUUUCAUAUACAACAUGUCUGAUAGUAUCAUGUGCACAAAAUAGUUUCAGUGUAAUCUCAAUAUUUAGAGGAGACAAAAUUAUGUGGCCCUCUGAUGUUGUUGGACUGCAACUCUCAUCCACUCUGGCAAUGAUGAGGAGUGCUUGGAGUCACGGUUCAUCAACACCAGGGGAUCUUCAUAGUCCCCACUGCUGGUUUGAAAUGGUAUACAUGCCUGCAAAUGCAACAUUACUUUCAGUGUGGCAUUAACACUGUAAUGCUGGCAUCAAACAGCAAGGUACAACAUCACCCAGAGCUUGGGAAAGUUACAUUUUGAAUGACAGUAACUCCCAGGCAGCAUGACCAUUCAUGUCAAGUAAAAUAUUAUCUCUCUCCUCUCUUCCACCAACUGCACUACUGAGCCAAUUCCUAAUAUAUGACUCAGUUUACCAAAGUAACUACUGGUGCCAAAAACGAGACAGGUGUGUCAAUAAUUUGGAUAGCAUCAUAAUUGUGUCAAUAAUUUGGAUAGUCUCUUACCCCUUCUCCACAUAAAAAUAGGGACACGUUUUUGGGUGUCUUAAGAGUUCUCAACACAGUAUGUUCACAUACCCAUGAUUCACCACAUUGUUAAGGCAGCUAGAAAUGGCAUUUGGACACUCAAAGGGUGGGCUUGAAUCAAGUGGAAAGCUUCCACACCUACAAGAUCCUGGUGGUGGUUGGUCUUUCUGUCAGGAGAAGAAGCAUUGGGAGGUGCAUUACCAAUGCUGAAGAAUCCCCUAUGUGCUCUGAGCACAUAUACAUGCAGAGUGACAGUGGCCACCAUAAAGUGUCCCACUCACCUUACACUCAGUUAGAAGGAAGAACAGCAUAAAGGGGAAUCACUAGUUGGAGCUGACAAAUAAGAUCCAUUUUCCGCACCCUGAUAGCUUAAAAGGAGGGGUGGAAGGAACAAAUAGGACAGAUUAGGCCCACAAACCAGAGGUGUGCCCACCCAUACAAAGAACAUGUGUCAUCAUAGGGAUGCUGUUUCAUGUUGUCUCGUUGUGGCAGUAAUUCUCAAUGUGUAGAUCAUCACUAAGGAAAAAAAAUGUUUGUGGUGUCUGUUCCUAUGUCUUGUAUCCCUUGUGAACUCUCUGAAAAGGUGGUGGGUGUGUUUGUUUGCAUGACCUAGCCAUAUGUAUAACAUACUUGGGAGGCCUUGGGUAUCCGUGUGGUUUAACGCUUCUCUUUGUGCAAUCAGAGUGACUGAAUUGUCCUGUCUGUAAAAUCUGUGGUUUUUGAACCUGACACAGUAUCGUCCAGGAAAGUUGUAUAUUGCUCUGUGAGUGACAGUGGAGUUGGAACACGUUUCUGAAACUUUGAACAUUUGCAAUCCCAGCAUGAUGGUGUGCUAAAUAUUUCAGCAUCUGCAUUUCACUGUGAGUGUAGAUCUUUUAGGCUGUGUGAAAUUAUUCCUCCUAUCUUCCCAUGUCAUUUUCAAAAAGAAUUGGGAAGAGCAUGAUCAUCUGAAGGCGAAUUUCUGCAAAAUCACUGAUGGUUGUCCUUCUGUUGUUUGUUUGUUUUUACCUAUCCUCUGGUCAAUGUGUUCCCAUGUAAAUAGUGCUUCCAAUUGUUAAUGUAAAUUUUGUACAUUCUAUAAAUAAAUGAUGUUUUAAAAAUAUGGCA